CACACACACACACACACACACACACAGAGGAGGAGGGAGACAAAAAAUGGCGGACGGUGUUGACCACAUCGAUAUUUACGCUGAUGUAGAAGAGGAGUUUAAUCAGGAAUCAGAUUAUCCUGUUCAUGAGCAGAUUGACCUGUAUGAUGAUGUUAUCUCACCAUCUGCCAACAAUGGGGAUGCACCUGAAGAUCGAGAUUACCUGGAUGCCCUGCCAGCACCUGGAGGCUCUGAGGGUUCCAAAGGGGCUCCACCGAAUGUUGUCUACACCUACACUGGCAAAAGAAUCGCUCUGUACAUAGGCAACCUCACAUGGUGGACCACUGAUGAGGAUUUGACAGAUGCUAUCCGCUCGGUAGGCAUAAAUGAUGUCUUGGAGAUCAAGUUUUUUGAGAACAGAGCAAAUGGGCAGUCGAAAGGGUUUGCUCUGGUCUGCGUGGGUUCAGAUGCCUCAUCCAGAAAGCUCAUGGACUUGCUGUCAAAACGAGAACUGCAUGGACAGAAUCCAAUCGUCACCCCGUGCAACAAGCAGUCACUCAGCCAGUUUGAGAUGCAGUCGCGAAAAAGUGAGCGAGGUACGCAGUCAGGGCAGAUGUCAGGUGAGGGUAAAGCUGGGCCCCCAGGUGGGCCACGUGCUGGCUUUCCUCUUGGAGGCAGAGGUCGAGGGCGCUUUCCAGGCCCUCCUGGACCAGGAAGUGAUCGCUUACCUGGGCCAAUUGGUCCUGGCGGGCCUCCACCACACUUCCCAGGUAUGCAAGGACCACUCCGUCCUCCAUCUGGUCCUCCUGGGCAUCCAGGACCCCCUGGUCCCCCGCUACCUGGACAAGGAUUGCUGCCUCCUCUUGGGGGACCCCCUAACAGAGGAGACCGCCCCCCUCCGCCAGUCAUGUUUCCUGGUCAGUUUGGUCAGCCUCCAAUGGGUCCAAUGCCCCCUGGACCACCUCCACCAGGCUACGGCCCACCCCCAGGACCCCCUCCCCCUCAACAGGGUCCACCUCCUCCAGGACCAUUCCCUCCCCGUCCUCCUGGACCUCUAGGACCCCCUCUUGGCCUCGCGCCCCCACCUCACAUGCAGGGGCCUCCACCUGGAGGUCCACCACCAGCUCCUCAUGUCAACCCGGCCUUCUUUCCUCCGCCUGGAAACAACAGCAUGCCGUCGUCUGAAGGCAGGGGACCACAACCCGGAGACCCGUACGGCCGCCCACCCUACGAAAGAGACUAUGGCCCUGGUGGCAGGGACAUGGACUCUCGAACUCCUCUGAGCGAAGCAGAGUUUGAGGAAAUCAUGAAUCGAAACAGAGCGAUCUCCAGCAGUGCCAUUUCCAGGGCAGUGUCAGACGCCAGCGCAGCUGAUUACGGCAGUGCUAUAGAGACUCUGGUGACAGCCAUUUCUCUGAUCAAGCAGUCAAAGGUUUCUGCUGAUGACCGCUGCAAGGUUCUCAUCAGCUCACUGCAGGACUGCUUGCAUGGAAUUGAGUCCAAAUCUUACGGUUCUGCCACCAGACGGGAAAGGUCGAGGGAGAGGGACCACAGUCGCUCCCGUGAGAAGAACCGCCGGCACAAGUCGCGCAGCCGUGACCGCCAUGAGGACUAUUACAGAGAGCGCAGCCGUGAGAGGGACCGUCAUCGCGAGCGUGACCGUGACCGCGAGAGAGAUAGAGAGCGUGAGCGGGAGUAUCGCCACCGUUAGUCGGAAGCUGAACGCAAGAGGAGGAGCAGUGACGCCAGGAGCGACGCAGAUUCAUCCGACAGCGACCCGCCGUCACAGACUCCAGACCGGACUCAGGAUAAACUCUGCAGCGCUACAGUUCUGUAAAAUAUUAUAUACUCUUAAUUCCCAACAGCUUUUUUUAUUUUUUACGUUUUAUUUGAAAGUAGUUGUGUGUAAGUUCAGCUUCUUUAUGAUAGAGAAUUACUUGCCUGCUCUAUUCACAGUACACAAAACAACUUUCAGACUGCUAUAAUGUGUAAAUUGUUAGCUAGAUUUGUUUUUAUAGGCGUUUUGUUUUUCUCUUUUCCCCUUGUCCAUGUUUGUGUCUUCUGCCUUGAUUAUUAAAUAGAAUAUGUGUUGUAAUAAAGUUUGCAUUGGGGUUGUUGCUUGUUUACACUGAAUGUUUAAUGUGUUGCAUAAUUUUUUUUAAAUCGAAUUUGGGUUGAACCAUAAACUCAAAUGUGCACCUAAAGUUUUGCUGUUAAAAAUGGCUGUGAUUUUUGCAGUUGGUAUUUUUGCUGUACCAUUGUGCCUUUCUAGUUAAAUAUAAAUUCAUUAUAGCAUGGUUAAAAUUUUAAUUACUUGGGCAAAUUAAUAUAUUUUUCAUAAUCCUGAUCAAGAGAAAAUAUAGAAAAUUCUUAUUCGAAAUUUCUCAAUUGUAUCAAUUCAUGAAGCUCAGGUUUGCCACCAUUAACAUAACAAAAUGUCUUGAGUGUUAUUGGAACCACAAAUUCAAAACUGUGAAAUUUCUUCCUUGUCCAUUUGUUUUCCUCAUCUUCAUUUGUAAUUGGAUUCUAAUAUGUCUACAUUAGACACUUCAAUGAUCCAAAUGUUUAACUUGCUUUGUGCUCAUUGCCAAUGUUUUUAUGCUUAUAUAUGUAGACGAACUUGUUCAUGUCAGAGGUAACCUCCAUUACCUUUAAACAUAUGUUGAAAGAUUAAUGUGAGUUCUUGUCAGACAAACAUGGCAAUGUAAUAUAAAUGGUCAAAUAUUGAUUUUAGAUGCUUUUUGAGCUUAAUUUACACGUAAUGUCACUGACUGCUGUGUACAUGUGCAUUGAUCUGUUUAGACGAAAUAUGUGAAUCAUGUUUGAGGGCUUUUGAUGGCCUUGUCCAUUAGUUCCAGUAGAUUUACAUGAACAAGGUCAUCUUUACAAAUGAUGUCCAAAAGUGCUGCCUAUUUUUGAAAACAUUUUAGUGAUUCAUGCAACCAGUUACAAGUGGGAAAACAACGUGUGUUUGUGUCCCCGCGUCCUCAUGCUCAGAAUCACCUGGAUUUAGAGGUAAGUUGUGUUUUGUUGAGUUUUUUUAAACCGCACUGAUUGUGUCUUUGUAAGUGCUUUGCAGCUGUCACCAAGUUUACAAAGAGCGUUUCCUCGGGGAUGAUUGUUUUCCUAAUGAUUUCUAAACCAUGUGGUUCAAUAUGCACAUUUAGUUAAAUCCACUACCUGCGUGCUUGAUGUGGGCCAAAUGUAUCCUCUCAAUAGAACAUAUUCAGAGGAAUUACCAUUUCAAAAACUUUUUGCAAAAUAAAUGUUUCGGAACUAGA